ACCCACUAGGAGUGUCCAGUAUCACUCAGCAUCUGCCCCCUGUAGGCCUUGCCGUACAGGCAUGUGUGCCACAACCUAUUUCUAGACCCAUUUAUCACCCCUGUCCAGUCACAAGCUCACAGUCUCUUUGCCCUGCGCCCUCUCCGUCUCGUCUCCCUUUUGUAUCACUGUCACAAUUUCUGAAUAGCCAGAAGGCUCUAUUUCCUCUUUCUUUUACAAAAGGAUACCUGCAUUACUUUUCAGCAUGACUGACCGUACGGUUCCCCACGCGUAUCCUAUGAGCGUUAAUUACGAGAUGUGCACUCCUGCUCGGAUAUACGACCAGAACUUUGCAGAAGCGCUAAGUCCACAGGAUCUGAUGGCUCCGGUGCUGUACCAUGGAUACUACAUCCGUCCUCGUAUCAACAAACAGUUGGAGAGGGGCUUUUCACAGGUGGACAGCGAGGACGACUGGUACCGCGUUCUAUUAGACGUCUGUCAGUUCACACCGGACGAACUGAGUGUGCGAACCGUAGAUAACCUCCUGGAGGUGACUGGAAGCCAUACGCAGAGGAUGGACCAACAUGGCUUUGUUUCCAGAGAGUUCAAGCGCACCUACAUCCUUCCUAUUGGUGUUGAUCCACUGCUGCUGCAAGUAUCUGUAUCUCACGAUGGGAUUAUGUGCAUCCAGGCACCAAGGGAAGUCCAGGAUCUGGAGCCGAAAAUCAAUGAGCUCAAGAUCAAUGUGGAUAAAAAAGGACGGAAAAGAUGCUAAAGUGGAAAAUCAAAGCAACACCCAGCACUUGACCAGAUCUUACAUCCUCUUCACACUUCCCCAUGUAGACUGGGUGGGGAUGUUUAUACAUGACAUGAUUUUUUUAUUAUUAUUUUUAUUUAUUCAAACGAAAACCUUUGUAUCCUACAAAUGUUUGUACAGCUACGAUUUUUAGAUUUGAUCAAGGUUCGGUUUGGAUUAAAAAAAAAAAAAAAAUGUGUUCAGUCGUCCAAGUGAAAAUGAAAUUGAAAUCACAUAUAAAAUGCAAUAUUGUGCAUUGUACCAUGUACUGAGUUUAAUGUAUUUAAAAUGAAAUAAUUGCUCUGGAUUUAGGGAUAUUUUAAUCUAUAUUUAUAAUAAAAGAUAUUUUGUAUAAAGUCACCCAUUUCAGAGAAAUGUACCUGAAAAGAUUAUUUACAACUGCUAUGUAAAA